AUGGUGGCAGAGCCGGCUGAGGCAUGGGAACCUGUAGAGCCGGCUGAUGCUUGGGUGCCUGACGAGCCGGCCGAAGCUUGGGAGCCUGACGAGCCGGCCGAGGCAUGGGAGCCUGACGAGCUGGCCGAGGCAUCCCCGGUUGCUUCGGCAGCGGCACUUGGACCCGACGUCACCAGUCCUAAUGGCUAUCCAGGCCACAAGACAUCCUGGAGAAACAGCACCAGUGCCACUCUGUGCCCCAAGGGCAUACCGGGACUUCCAGGAGUGACUGGGGAUGCAGGUUACCCUGGCAGGCAGGGUUUGGCUGGGCCAGAAGGUAACCCAGGUCCUAAAGGUGUACGUGGUUUCAUUGGGCCUCCUGGUAUAGCUGGUUCAGCCGGGCAGGAAGGGGAGAGAGGUAUUCCCGGUCCUGUUGGGAAGACCGGUCCCAAAGGAAAACAGGGAGUUGUUGGAGAUGUUGGUGAAAGGGGUCCUCCUGGUCCUGAUGGCGACGAGGGGCCUGUUGGUGGGACUGGCAUGGGUGGCUUCCCUGGUCUGAGGGGAGACCCAGGACCUGAGGGACAGCGAGGACUGACUGGCAUAGUGGGAACUAUGGGCCUGACUGGAAAUGCGGGGCUGCCUGGAUUGAAAGGUGAUAAGGGCGAACCUGGACUAAGGGGGGAACCAGGAACGAUUGGUUACCUAGGUGACAAGGGUGCUGCUGGCUUACCUGGACCUCCUGGACUCCUUGGGAAAACAGGCCCACCUGGUAAGAUGGGUGACAUCGGACCGCAGGGACCUCCCGGCCCACCAGGACCUGAGGGUUUCCCUGGAGACAUCGGUGUGCCAGGUCCCAAUGGCCCCCCUGGACCCAAGGGGCUCCAAGGUGCCAGAGGGCCACAGAGACCACCAGGGCCAAAAGGAAUAGAGGGUGAUGAGGGCCCCCUUGGCCUUCCUGGAGGUCCUGGCCCUAUUGGUAGACCUGGAAGGAAAGGCUACAUUGGCGAACCUGGCCCAGAGGGACUGAAGGGGGAGACGGGGGAACUUGGCGGCCUGGGAAAAAAUGGACCGCAAGGUCCAGCGGGCCUGAUCGGGAUGUCAGGGGGAGUAGGAGAAGCCGGUGAAAAGGGAGGCCGUGGUCCUGCAGGUCCAUUGGGUCCUCCCGGCGAGAAGGGGUCGGGGGGGUAUCCUGGCUUACCAGGAGGUCCCGGUCCCGUCGGUCUGCAAGGCCCACUUGGUCCUCAGGGGCAGAGGGGUACACCAGGGGUCCCUGGGUCAAAGGGCAGAAGGGGGCCGAGGGGUGCAGAGGGUCCACUUGGGGAACCAGGGCCUGAGGGCACGAAGGGAGAGCAGGGUGAAGGAGGAAAGAAAGGGGAGCCUGGGUUCAUUGGGAAAGCUGGCGGUCCAGGGGAGAGAGGUCUACCAGGGAAACCUGGGAAAGCUGGGAUCCCUGGCAGCACUGGAGAGAGGGGAGCAUAUGGUGAACCAGGGCCCAGAGGACCCACGGGGGACGCAGGACCUGAUGGAGAGCAAGGACCUGAGGGCGCUCCUGGCGGAGAGGGGGAACCGGGUCCAGUUGGAGAACCUGGGAUAAAGGGCGAUGUGGGGCCGUUUGGAGGAGAGGGGGAACAAGGACAGCAGGGAAUGAGAAGUCUUCCAGGUCCUGCUGGUGAGGACGGGCCCCUGGGAAAAGAUGGUCCAAAGGGAGAGCCAGGUGACCGUGGGCCAAUGGGCGAGGCAGGGGACAGGGGGAUAGAGGGAGACCCUGGGCUUCCUGGGGCCACCGGACUGGCUGGAAAAUGUGGUUUCCCUGGACCAGAGGGGAAACAGGGUCCCCCGGGGAACCGUGGUCGGCAUGGCAAGAAGGGAGAGGCAGGCAAACCAGGUCAUAUCGGUGAGACAGGGGACAUCGGGGACAUCGGCCAGAAAGGGGGCACAGGACUGAAAGGCGCCAGAGGAACCAGAGGCCCUGCAGGUUGUCCGGGAGUUAUGGGGCCUGAGGGGAUGCCUGGAAUGGCAGGAUACACAGGCCACGCCGGUAAGCCAGGAUCCAUUGGACCUCCUGGGCCCAAAGGUGAAAAGGGUUACCCCGGAGAAGACAGUAAGACAUCAGGACCUGCCGGGCCACUAGGUGAACCAGGUUCCCCGGGCGAGCGAGGAGAUCGCGGAGAGCCUGGAGAUGAGGGAUAUCAGGGUCAUAUUGGUACCUCUGGACAUCGUGGGGCUGUUGGCGCGCCAGGCCUUCCUGGAACACCAGGGGAACCUGGAGAACAGGGCCCAAUAGGAGAAAUGGGAACUCAGGGCUUAGAAGGAAAGAAAGGAGUGAGUGGCCUGACUGGGACCGCUGGUGUUGAGGGGGCCAUUGGUUUACCUGGACCCAGAGGCAUGGAGGGAUACGCUGGAACUGACGGUCUCCCAGGACUAGUUGGGUUACCAGGUUUUCCAGGGAAGGCUGGGCGACAGGGUCAGCGGGGCACCGUGGGGCAAGAGGGGGCAGCAGGACUACCUGGUCGCAGGGGGGAACUUAGUCUGCCUGGGUUGGUCGGAGAGAGGGGGCCUACUGGAGAGAAGGGGGAGCCUGGCUUGGCAGGAGAGAGGGGAACCUCAGGAAUCAAAGGCAUGCAGGGGUCGUCUGGAGACCAAGGCAGAAUAGGGGACCCAGGACUCAAAGGACAACCAGGAGAGUCGGGAGACCUGGGGAUGGUCGGCUUCACUGGGUUUCCAGGACCUAAGGGGCCAAAUGGAGAUUUGGGUUUCAAAGGCAUACCUGGUCCUAAAGGUCCUCUUGGCAUUCUGGGUUUCAGUGGACCUGUUGGUCCAGAAGGGAUGAUUGGCCCAAUGGGGAAACCUGGACCGAGGGGGCCAAAGGGGAGCCAUGGGGAAAUGGGACCCCAGGGACCACAGGGACAUCCAGGUCCCAGAGGUCUCCCAGGUGCUCCUGGCCUGGCCAGACGAAUCGAGUAUAACUCUCCGUUGGAGUCCAAUGGUGCCUUAAGGACAGAGACCUACCAGAACACCGAGAUGUCCCUCCCAGACCACAACGCAGAGAUCUUUAAGACCCUGCGCUACCUGAGCGGUGUGAUCGAGAGCAUGAAGAAGCCGUUGGGAACCCGGGAGAACCCAGCACGGUUCUGUAAGGACCUGUUGGACUGCCAACACCAGCUCUCUGAUGGACUGUUCUGGAUCGACCCUAACCUGGGAUGUCAGUCAGACGCCAUUGUGGUCUUUUGUAACUUCACUGCAGGCGGGCAGACUUGUCUCCACCCAGUAGCUUCUAACAAGCUGUCGUUCGGGGUCCAUAAGGUCCAAAUGAAGUUCCUCCACCUUCUGAGCACAGAGGCCAGUCAGGACAUCACCUUCCACUGUCUGAGUGAUCUGCCCCUCAGCCCCACAGACACCUACAGCGCUAACGGCCCAGGACAGGAGUACCGGGACAGACCACCGAGGUUCAGGGGAUGGAACGGACAGAUGUUUGAGGCAGACACACUACUUGAACCUCUACCAGACGAGUGCAAGAUCCAAGAUGGCAGCUGGCACCAGUCACGCUUCUUCUUCCAUACUCAGGACAGCUACGAGCUCCCUAUCGUAGACAUACAGGAACCACCAUCGUCACAGCCCAAUCACCUGCUACACCUCGAGGUGGGACCUGUCUGCUUUCUGUGAGGUCAUCUAUCGCCAGCCUGCCUGUCCAAAAUAUGAACUAUGAAGCAUGCCAUAAGCAACCCAAAAUGUCUGCUCCCCAAACCAAAGAGAAUGUAAGCCCAAGCAGAGUUUGUCAGGUCUACUCCCCCACAUGGUGACAAACACCCUGUUCAAUCGAUGGUAGACUUCUGCGGAAGAACUCAAUCCAUAGGAAACUAGGCCAGCUUAGUGUAAGAUGGCUGCAGGAGAGCAGUGUAUACAAAUAUUUGUCAAAUAAAUGUAUAACGUGUGUCUGUUUUUCUGUUUUGUUUUUCAAAAGUUGCUUGGGUUCAUUGGAAAGUUGGUCCCUGAACUCAAGAUAGGACUCAUCCACACGACACCCUUCAAAAACAAACUCAAAUCCUGUACCUCCCACCCCUUUCCUCCUUCUCCCCCAUAUACACCCUUUCAUCCAUCCUCAGAAGGGGCCUAGCUAUCCGAAGGAAAGCUCCAUGGCCUUUGUGACAGGAACACUGUCCAACCAAAACUUUCUAAGAGUGCAAUAGCUUGUGGAUUAAGCGUGAGAGAUUUCAUAUUGCAACAUCAAUUGAAGGUCAACCACCAGUUCGGGCGGCCAUUUUGUUUUUUCAUUCACGUUUGAAUCAUGUUUGAAUCUGUUGUACAACAAGGCUGGACGUUUACACCUUGGGUGUGUCCAAAAUGGCACCCUAUUCUCUAUGUAGUGCACUUGGUUUAACUUAGGGCCCAUAGAGCUCAAACAUAGUGCACUACUGUAUAUAGGGAAUAGAGUUCUAUUUUCGGACACAGCCCUAGACAGAUGGUGCGCUACCUCCUGCUUGUAUGCCCUCUAAGUAUAGGCGCUUGUGUCAAGUUAUUUUUUGUCUUUACAAGUUGUAUGUACCGGUUACAUCAAGAUCUGUAUCGGUUGUAAGAGUACUUAUUUGAAAUGUGGUCAUUUCUACAGUAAUUUAUAUGAACCAUCUGUUGAUGAAUUCCAUAUUUUUUUUGCUUUUGCUUUUCAUUUUUAUUUGGUAGGUGGUAACUUAUCAUUGGCGCUGCAACAGACACCAGAGCUUGAGACAUCAGUGAGUUGCGAGACAAUUUUCCGGUGUAUAUUUUGACAUUAUAUGGUUGGUUAUUUAUAUCCUUUUGUUUUUGUUCACAUUACUGUACCCCAAUAAAUUAUACUCUCAGAGAUCUAUUUUGUCAACUCCAAACUCAGUCCAAAUAACUAUUUAUGUAAAAAUGUGUACUUGUAUACUAUGUACACACAUUAUGUCUAUGUUCAUUGUAUACGUUCAUGUUCACUACAGUGGUGGUUGAUAGGUCAUACUGGCAGCUAGCAUAGGCCAGAGCCAGAAGACAUAUGACAUAGCAAUGAUCUUGUUCUUUAUGCUACAUUAAACAUAGUGUAAUUAAAAAAGUCAACAUUGAAAAUGUGUAAACAUGAAAUAUGUUGACGUUAAAUAAAUGAAAAGGCCCAGUACAGUCAAAAACAA